AUGGCCCCCAAAAUUGAUAUCACGACGUACCCCGGCAACAUCAUCAACGGCGAGUUCGUGCCGACGCCGACGACGCGGCACUCGAUCGACCCGGCCACGGGCGAGCCGCUGUACGAGGUGCCGGUGGCGCGGCGGGAGGACCUGGACGCGGCGGUCAGGCACGCGCGGGCCGCGUUCAAGACGUGGUCGGCGACGACGCACGAGGAGCGGGCGGGCCUGGUGCGGGCCUUUGCCGACGCCAUCGAGGCCAACCGGGACGAGCUGGAGCGGCUGCAGACGAUGGAGCAGGGCAAGCCGCUGGGGCUGGCGCGGACCGAGGUCGACAUGUCGCUGCGGUGGCUGCGGACCUUUGCGACCAUGCGGCUGGACGACGAGGUGCUCGACGACAACGAGGAGCGCACCAUCUACUCGACCCGGGUGCCCCUGGGCGUCGUCGGUGCCAUCGUGCCCUGGAACUGGCCCAUCCUGCUGGGCCUGGGCAAGAUCGGGCCGGCGCUCAUGACGGGCAACACGGUCAUCAUGAAGCCGUCCCCCUACACGCCCUACUGUGACCUCAAGCUGGGCGAGCUCGCCAUGUCCGUCUUCCCCCCGGGCGUGGUGCAGGUCCUCAGCGGCGACGACAGCCUGGGGCCCUGGCUGACCGAGCACCCGGGCGUCGACAUGAUCAGCUUCACCGGCUCGAUCCCGACCGGCAAGAAGGUCGCGGCCAGCUGCGCCCGCACCCUCAAGCGCUACGUGCUCGAGCUGGGCGGCAACGACGCCGCCAUCGUCUGCGACGACGUCGACAUCGACAAGUGCCUGCCCAAGAUCGCCACCCUCGCCUUCCUCAACUCGGGCCAGAUCUGCAUGCUGGCCAAGCGCAUCUACGUCCACGACAAGAUCUACGACCGCUUCCGCGACGCCAUGGUCGAGUUCACCCGCAACCACAUCAAGACGGGCGGCGGCUUCGAGCCCGACGUCGUCGUCGGCCCCGUCCAGAACAGCAUGCAGUUCGAGCUGGUCAAGGACAUGUAUGCGCAGAUCGAAAAGUGCGGGUGGAAGACGGCGCUCGAGGGCCGGGUGCGCGAGGGCGAAAAGGGCUACUUCAUCGAGCCGGCCAUCAUCGACAACCCGCCCGAGGACUCGCGCAUCGUGGUGGAGGAGCCCUUCGGCCCGAUCGUGCCGCUGCUCCGGUGGUCGGACGAGGACGACGUGGUCGAGCGCGCCAACGCCCUCGAGACCGGCCUCGGCGCCUCCGUCUGGAGCCGCGACCUGGCCCGCGCCGAGCGCCUCGCCCGCCGCCUCGCCGCCGGCAGCGUCUGGGUCAACUCGCACUUCGACGUCGCCCCGGACGUCCCCUUUGGCGGCCACAAGGAGAGCGGCAUCGGCAUGGAGUGGGGGCUCGAGGGCUUCCGCCACUUCACCAACUCGCGCAGCCUCUGGGUCUGGAAGAAGGUCUUUGAAUAA